CAAGCAACAUGUGCUACGGGAGAUGCAUUAAAUUUGUUGGGUACAAGCUGCUGAUUCUUGCUGUGCUCUGCAUCAUAGCAAACAUCCUGCUUUAUUUUCCCAAUGGAGAAAUAAGAUACGCUUCACACAAUCACCUCAGCAGAUACGUUGGCUGUCUUCAUGGCAUUAUAGGAGGAGGUAUUUUGGUGUUGAUCCCGGCAUUUGUGCUCAUUGGACUCGAAAAUGAGGGGUGUUUCCAUGGAUGCUUUCCCCAUGAGCACCAUGGGAGAAACUGCGCGCUGCUGGCAUCAGUCGUGGUGGCCGCUGUUGGGAUUCUCGGUGCUGGAUACUGCUUCAUCAUUUCAGCUUUGGCUUUGGCCGAAAGACCUUACUGUUAUUGCACUGAUGACCACACCGGGUGCUAUCCGUUCUUAAACUCUCAUGGAGGGUACCUGUGCCAUGAGCCAAGGCACAUUGUUACCUGGAACGUGACCUUGUUCGCCAUCCUGCUUGUUCUGAGCGGGAUCGAAAUAAUUAUCUGUACCAUUCACAUAAUAAGGGGCUGUCUCGGAGGUGCAUGUGCCGUGUGCUUCGUUCACAAAGAGAAACUGCCCACAACGCUUUACGAGCUGAUUCAGCAAGCCAAGGAUGGCCAUUAUGUCUGUGUCAUUAGGAAAUUCGUGUCUGGACAGCGAAUACAAAAGAUCCAUUUCACUGCCAAACCAAAUUCACAGUUAAUAUACAGAUCUGAGAAGGUUAUGAAUGAAUAUGCACCGGAAAUAGACUGUGUGAAGAGCUGCAAGGAUAUCGCUAAAGAGAAAGACAGCUCGUGCACUAAAAUUAGAAGCUAUUACAUCUCUAUAGAAAGUGAAAUUUAA